GAAAAAACUUGUAUGUUAAUUCUCAAGUGGCUGAUAAAGGUUUUUAGAGACCCAAACUUAUAAAGCGCCGAGAUUCGGUUAAUUUUGCCACUUCAUCAUGAUGAUCCGAUUGUCGGCAACUUUGAUCCUCGGCCUUUUGGUCGCCCACGUAGCAGUGGGCGCUCCAAGCCGCAAGGUCGUUCCUCCCGCCGGGGGUGAGGACUGGGGCUACAUUGACGUGAGGACCGGUGCCCAUAUGUUCUACUGGCUGUACACCUCGACCGCCGCCCCUGACCCCACCACUUUGCCCAUCAUCCUCUGGCUGCAGGGCGGCCCUGGCGGCAGCAGUACCGCUUACGGAAAUUUUGAAGAAAUGGGACCUUUGGAUGUCAAUCUGCAGCCCAGAAACUCCUCAUGGGUCCAUCACGCCAACUUGGUGUUCAUCGACAACCCUGUUGGUGCUGGCUACUCAUACGCCGACAAUUUGGCCGACUUGGCGACGGACACCACCCAGAUCGCCAUUGAUUUGGUGGAGUUCAUGAGGCAGUUCUACGUCACAUACCCCGAAUUCCUCAACACCCCCGUCUACUGUUUCUCGCAGUCAUACGGUGGAAAAAUGGCCGCUUUCUUCGGUCUAGAAAUGGAUAGGGCUAUCAAAGCAGGUGAAAUCGUGAGCAACUUCAAGGGUGUCGCCCUUGGUUCUGCCUGGAUCUCCCCGAUCGACUCGACCACCAGCUGGGCACCCUACCUUUUGCAAACUGGCAUCAUUGAUACCAGGGGUCACGAUUUCAUCAACAACUUUGCCGCCGGCUGCCGCGACUUGGUGAACAACGGCCAGUGGACCGAAGCCACCCAGUGUUGGUCGGACACCGAGAUCUACGUCCUCAUCUACGGACACAACGUCGAUUUCUAUAACAUCCUGUACAGAACCCCUCCCAUCUUCCUUCAGGAAAUUCUUGAAAUUAAGGAUCCCAGGAAGCGAGCCUACAAGUUGGCGAAUAGGGGUUCUAAGGCCGUUGAAGACCUCAUGAACGGACCAAUUUACGACAAGUUGAGCGCAACCUUGCCCUACCUGAACCCUUGGGACGCUCAGGGUGACGCCGUUUUCGAUGCAAACUGGGACGAUUUCAUGAAGCCCGCCAUCAAUGCUGUCGAAAGGUUGCUCGACGAAACCGAACUCACAGUUGCUGUUGAUAACGGCCAGCUUGACUUGAUUUGCGACACUCCUUCCCAAGUGGUAUGGUCUGAAGCCAUGAAUUGGUCACAGGUCGGCAGCUGGUUGAGUGCUUCCCGCAACGCUUUCACCGUUGACGGUCUCACUGAGGGUUACAACAAGCGAUUUGGACGCUUCAGUUUCUGGUGGAUCAACCGCUCUGGUCACUCGGUGCCUUUUGAUAACCCGUGGGGCUCAAUCGUCAUGAUGCGUGACGUUGUUGGACUGCCUCCGCAGAAGAACGUUGAAUUCAACAACGAAGAAGCAGAGAGCAAGUAAUAUUUAGUUCUGAAAAUAAUAAUAAAAUUGCAACGUGAUUUAAUAAA